AUGAGGUGCCACGUAGCCUCCAGCUGCCUCGUGGUCUGGCUUUCUGUGCUGAUUUCUGGAUGCUGGGGCCAGGUGAACCGACUGCCCUUCUUCACCAACCACUUCUUUGACACAUACCUGCUGAUCAGUGAGGAUACGCCUGUGGGUUCCUCUGUGACCCAGUUGCUGGCCCAAGACAUGGACAAUGACCCCCUGGUGUUUGGCGUGUCUGGGGAGGAGGCCUCCCGCUUCUUUGCUGUGGAGCCUGACACAGGCGUGGUGUGGCUCCGGCAGCCGCUGGACAGAGAGACCAAGUCAGAGUUUACAGUGGAGUUCUCUGUCAGCGACCACCAGGGGGUGAUUACAAGGAAGGUCAACAUCCAGGUCGGGGACGUGAAUGACAACGCGCCCACGUUUCAUAAUCAGCCCUACAGUGUCCGCAUCCCUGAGAACACACCGGUGGGGACGCCCAUUUUCAUUGUGAACGCCACGGACCCUGACCUGGGCGCAGGCGGCAGCGUCCUCUACUCCUUCCAGCCCCCCUCCCAGUUCUUUGCCAUCGACAGUGCACGCGGCAUCGUCACAGUGAUCCGGGAGCUGGACUACGAGACCACGCAGGCCUACCAGCUCACCGUCAACGCCACGGAUCAAGAUAAGACCAGGCCUCUGUCUACCCUGGCCAACUUGGCCAUCAUCAUCACAGACGUCCAGGACAUGGACCCCAUCUUCGUCAACCUGCCUUACAGCACCAACAUCUACGAGCAUUCUCCUCCGGGCACGACAGUGCGAAUUAUCACUGCCAUUGACCAGGAUAAAGGACGUCCCCGGGGAAUUGGCUACACUAUCGUCUCAGGGAAUACCAACAGCAUCUUUGCCCUGGACUACAUCAGUGGGGCACUGACCUUGAAUGGCCUGCUGGACCGGGAGAACCCCCUGUAUAGCCAUGGCUUCAUCCUGACCGUGAAGGGCACAGAGCUGAAUGAUGACCGCACCCCAUCUGACGCCACAGUGACCACAACCUUCAACAUCCUGGUGAUUGACAUCAAUGACAACGCCCCAGAGUUCAACAGCUCUGAGUACAGCGUGGCCAUCACUGAGCUGGCACAGGUCGGCUUUGCUCUCCCCCUCUUCAUCCAGGUGGUAGACAAGGACGAGAACCUGGGCCUGAACAGCAUGUUUGAGGUGUACCUGGUGGGGAACAACUCCCACCACUUCAUCAUCUCCCCAACGUCCGUCCAAGGGAAGGCAGACAUCCGCAUCCGAGUGGCCAUCCCCCUGGACUAUGAGACUGUGGACCGCUACAACUUUGACCUCUUUGCCAAUGAGAGUGUACCUGACCAUGUGGGCUAUGCCAAGGUGAAGAUCACCCUCAUCAAUGAGAAUGACAACCGGCCCAUCUUCAGCCAGCCACUGUACAACGUCAGCUUGUAUGAGAAUGUCACCGUGGGGACCUCAGUGCUAACAGUCCUGGCAACAGACAAUGAUGUGGGCACCUUUGGGGAGGUCAACUACUUCUUCAGCGAUGACCCUGACCGGUUCUCUCUGGACAAGGACACAGGACUCAUCAUGCUGAUUGCCAGACUGGACUACGAGCUCAUCCAGCGCUUCACCUUGACAGUCAUUGCCCGGGACGGGGGCGGUGAGGAGACCACAGGCCGGGUCAGGAUCAACGUGUUGGAUGUCAAUGACAACGUGCCCACCUUCCAGAAGGAUGCCUACGUGGGCGCCCUGAGAGAGAACGAGCCUUCCGUCACACAGCUGGUGCGACUCCGGGCAACGGAUGAAGACUCCCCUCCCAACAACCAGAUCACCUACAGCAUCGUCAAUGCCUCUGCCUUCAGCAGCUACUUCGACAUCAGCGUGUAUGAAGGCUAUGGUGUGAUCAGUGUGAGCCACCCCCUGGAUUAUGAACAGAUACCCAACGGGCUGAUUUAUCUGACCGUCAUGGCCAAGGACGCGGGCAACCCCCCUCUGAACAGCACUGUCUCUGUCACCAUUGAGGUGUUUGAUGAGAACGACAACCCCCCCACCUUCAGCAAGCCUGCCUACUUUGUGUCUGUGGUGGAGAACAUCAUGGCAGGAGCCACGGUGCUGUUCCUGAAUGCCACAGACCUGGACCGCUCCCGGGAAUAUGGCCAGGAGUCCAUCAUCUACUCCUUGGAGGGCUCUUCCCAGUUCCGAAUCAAUGCCCGCUCAGGUGAAAUUACCACCACCUCCCUGCUUGACCGUGAGACCAAGUCUGAGUACAUCCUCAUCGUCCGGGCAGUGGACGGGGGCGUGGGCCACAACCAGAAAACCGGCAUCGCCACUGUGAACAUCACCCUCCUGGACAUCAAUGACAACCACCCCACCUGGAAGGACGCUCCCUACUACAUCAACCUGGUGGAGAUGACCCCUCCAGACUCUGACGUGACCACGGUGGUGGCUGUGGACCCAGACGUGGGGGAGAACGGCACCCUGGUGUAUAGCAUCCAGCCACCCAACAAGUUCUACAGCCUCAACAGCAGCACAGGCAAGAUCCGCACCACCCACGUCAUGCUGGACCGGGAGAAUCCCGACCCCCACGAGGCGGAGCUGAUGCGCAAAAUCAUCGUCUCUGUCACGGACUGUGGCACACCCCCUCUGAAAGCCACCAGCAGUGCCACAGUGUUUGUGAACCUCUUGGACCUCAAUGACAAUGACCCCACCUUUCAGAACCUGCCUUUUGUGGCCGAGGUGCUUGAAGGUACCCCUGCAGGGGUCUCUGUCUACCAGGUGGCGGCCAUCGACCUGGACGAGGGCCUGAACGGGCUGGUGUCCUACCGCAUGCAGGUGGGCAUGCCCCGCAUGGACUUCGUCAUCAACAGCAGCAGCGGCGUGGUGGUCACCACCGCCGAGCUGGACCGCGAGCGGAUCGCCGAGUACCAGCUGCGCGUGGUGGCCAGCGAUGCGGGCACGCCCACCAAGAGCUCCACCAGCACACUCACCAUUCGAGUGCUGGAUGUGAAUGACGAGACGCCCACCUUCUUCCCUGCCGUGUACAAUGUCUCCGUGUCGGAGGACGUGCCUCGGGAGUUCCGGGUGGUCUGGCUGAACUGCACUGACAACGACGUGGGCCUCAAUGCUGAGCUCAGCUACUUCAUAACAGGUGGAAAUGUGGAUGGGAAGUUCAGCGUUGGCUACCGCGAUGCCACAGUGAGAACAGUGGUAAACCUGGACCGGGAGACCACAGCCACAUACACGCUCGUUCUGGAGGCCAUCGACAACGGCCCCGUGGGCAAGCGGCGCACGGGCACAGCUACCGUGUUUGUCACCGUCCUGGAUGUGAAUGACAACCGGCCCAUCUUUCUGCAGAGCAGCUACGAGGCCAGCGUCUCCGAGGACAUCCCUGAGGGCCACAGCAUCGUGCAGCUAAAAGCCGCAGAUGCAGAUGAGGGCGAGUUUGGGCGUGUGUGGUACCGCAUCCUUCACGGUAAUCAGGGCAACAACUUCCGGAUCCACGUCAGCAAUGGGCUCCUCAUGCGAGGGCCCCGGCCGCUGGACCGGGAGCGGAACUCGUCACACGUUCUGAUAGUGGAGGCCUACAACCAUGACCUGGGCCCCAUGCGGAGCUCCGUCAGGGUGAUUGUGUACGUGGAGGAUGUCAACGACGAGGCCCCGGUGUUCACGCAGCAGCAGUACAGCCGCUUGGGGCUUCGCGAGACAGCGGGCAUUGGCACGUCAGUCAUCGUCGUCCGAGCCACAGACCGAGACACGGGGGACGGAGGCCUGGUGAACUACCGCAUCCUGUCGGGCGCUGAGGGGAAGUUUGAGAUUGACGAGAGCACGGGGCUUAUUAUCACUGUGGAUUACCUGGACUACGAGACCAAGACCAGCUACCUGAUGAACGUGUCCGCCACUGACCAGGCAGUCCCCUUCAACCAGGGCUUCUGCAGCGUCUAUGUCACUCUGCUCAACGAGCUGGACGAGGCUGUGCAGUUCUCCAAUGCCUCUUAUGAGGCUGCCAUCUUGGAGAAUCUGGCACUGGGCACCGAGAUUGUGCGUGUCCAGGCCUACUCCAUUGACAACCUCAACCAGAUCACCUACCGCUUUGAUGCCUACACCAGCGCCCAGGCCAAAGCCCUGUUCAAGAUAGAUGCCAUCACGGGUGUGAUCACGGUCAAGGGCCUGGUGGAUCGGGAGAAAGGUGACUUCUACACUUUGACGGUGGUGGCAGACGACGGCGGCCCCAAGGUGGACUCCACUGUGAAGGUCUACAUCACUGUGCUGGACGAGAAUGACAACAGCCCCCGGUUCGACUUCACCUCCGACUCAGCGAUCAGUGUGCCUGAAGACUGCACCGUGGGCCAGCACGUGGCCACUGUCAAGGCCCGGGAUCCAGACGCUGGCAGCAACGGGCAGGUGGUCUUUUCUCUGGCCUCUGGUAACAUCGCCGGGGCCUUUGAGAUCGUCACCACCAACGACUCCAUUGGCGAAAUAUUUGUGGCCAGACCCCUGGACAGAGAAGAGCUGGACCAGUACAUCCUCAAGAUUGUGGCGUCCGACCGUGGCACUCCUCCACGGAAGAAGGACCACAUCCUGCAGGUGACCAUCCUGGACGUCAAUGACAACCCUCCAGUGAUCGAGAGCCCCUUUGGAUACAACGUCAGCGUCAACGAGAACGUGGGCGGGGGCACUGCCGUGGUCCAGGUGAGAGCCACCGACCGUGACAUCGGGAUCAACAGCGUCCUGUCCUACUAUAUCACCGGGGGCAAUGAGGACAUGACCUUCCGCAUGGACCGCAUCAGUGGCGAGAUCGCCACUCGCCCCGCCCCACCGGACCGCGAGCGUCAGAGCUUCUACCACCUGGUGGUCACCGUGGAGGACGAGGGCACCCCUACCCUAUCGGCCACCACCCACGUGUACGUGACCAUCGUGGAUGAGAACGAUAACGCGCCCGUGUUCCAGCAGCCCCACUACGAAAUCUUACUGGAUGAGGGCCCGGACACAGUCAACACCAGCCUCAUCACCAUCCAGGCCCUGGACCUAGAUGAAGGGCCCAAUGGCACAGUUACCUACACCAUCGUGGCAGGCAACAUCAUCAACACCUUUCGUAUCAACAGACACACGGGCGUCAUCAGUGCUGCCAAGGAGCUGGACUAUGAGAUCAGCCAUGGGCGCUACACCCUGCUUGUCACUGCCACGGACCAGUGCCCCCUCCUGUCGCAUCGCCUCACUUCUACCACCACGGUGCUUGUGAACGUGAAUGACAUCAACGACAACGUGCCCACCUUCCCCAGAGACUACGAGGGGCCAUUUGAUGUCACUGAGGGCCAGCCAGGACCCAGAGUGUGGACCUUCCUGGCCCAUGACCAAGACUCAGGCCCCAGUGGGCAGGUGGAGUACAGCAUCGUGGAUGGAGACCCUCUGGGGGAGUUUCUGAUCUCUCCCGUGGAGGGGGUGCUGCGGGUCCGGAAGGAUGUGGAGCUGGACCGGGAGGCCAUUGCUUUCUACAACCUGACCGUCUGUGCCCGAGACAGAGGCGUGCCCCCACUCAGCUCCACGAUGCUGGUGGGGAUCCGGGUGCUGGACAUUAACGACAAUGACCCUGUGCUGCUCAACCUGCCCAUGAACGUCACCAUCAGUGAGAACAGCCCCGUCUCCAGCUUCGUCGCUCAUAUCCUGGCCAGCGACGCUGACAGCGGGUGCAACGCCCUCCUCACCUUCAACAUCACUGCAGGCAAUCGAGAGCGGGCUUUCUCCAUCAAUGCCACGACAGGGAUCAUCACGGUGAACCGGCCCCUGGACCGCGAGCAGAUCCCAGAAUACAGGCUGACCAUCUCCGUGAAGGACAACCCAGAGAACCCACGCAUAGCCAGGAGGGAUUUUGACUUGCUGCUUAUCUUUCUUGCGGAUGAGAAUGACAACCACCCCCUCUUUACUGAGAGCACCUACCUGGCGGAGGUGAUGGAGAACUCUCCUGCUGGGACCUCCCUGACGGUGCUCAACGGGCCCAUCCUGGCCCUGGAUGCAGACCUGGAUGUCUACGCUGUGGUGACCUACCAGCUGCUGGGCACCCAGAGCAGAGUCUUUGAUAUUGACAACAGCACCGGUGUGGUGACAGUGAGGUCAGGUAUCAUCAUUGACCGGGAGGCCUUCUCACCCCCCGUCCUGGAGCUGCUGCUGCUGGCUGAGGACAUCGGGCUGCUCAAUGGCACCGCCGACCUGCUCAUCACCAUCCUGGACGACAAUGACAACUGGCCCACCUUUAGCCCUGCUGCUGUCACCGUCCACCUGCUGGAGAACUGCCCACCAGGAUUCUCAGUCAUUCAGAUCACAGCCACAGAUGAGGACAGUGGCCUCAAUGGGGAGCUGAUCUACCGAAUAGAAGCUGGGGCUCAGGACCGCUUCAUCCUCCACCCAGUCACCGGCAUCAUCCGCGUUGGCAAUGCCACCAUCGACAGGGAGGAGCAGGAAUCGUAUAGGCUAACAGUAGUGGCCACCGACCGGGGCACCGUCCCUCUCUCGGGCACAGCCAUCAUCACCGUCCUUAUCGAUGACAUCAAUGACUCCCGCCCCGAGUUCCUCAACCCCAUCCAGACGGUGAGCGUGCUGGAGUCAGCUGAGCCAGGCACUAUCAUUGCCAAUGUCACCGCCAUUGACCGUGACCUCAGUCCUAAGCUGGAGUACCACAUCAUCGGCAUCGUGGCCAAGGAUGACACUGACCGCCUGGUGCCUGACCAGGAGGACGCCUUUGCCGUGAAUAUCAACACAGGGUCUGUAAUGGUGAAAUCCCCUCUGAACCGGGAGCUGGUUGCCACCUAUGAGGUCACUCUCUCUGUGAUUGACAAUGCCAGCGACCUACCAGAGCGCUCCGUCAGUGUGCCAAAUGCCAAGCUGACGGUCAACAUCCUGGACGUCAAUGACAACACACCCCAGUUCAAGCCCUUCGGGAUCACCUACUACACAGAGCGGAUCCUGGAGGGGGCCACCCCAGGGACCACACUCAUCGCUGUGGCAGCUGUGGAUCCCGACAAGGGUCUCAAUGGGCUGAUCACCUAUACCCUGCUGAACCUGAUGCCCCCGGGCUAUGUCCAGCUGGAAGACUCCUCAGCAGGGAAGGUCAUUGCCAACCAGACAGUGGACUAUGAGGAAGUGCACUGGCUCAACUUCACCGUGAGGGCCUCAGACAAUGGGUCCCCACCCCGGGCAGCUGAGAUCCCUGUCUAUCUGGAGAUUGUGGACAUCAAUGACAACAACCCCAUCUUUGACCAGCUGUCCUACCAGGAAGCUGUCUUUGAGGAUGUUCCUGUGGGCACAGUCAUCCUGAUGGUCACUGCUACUGAUGCUGACUCAGGCAACUUCGCCCUCAUUGAGUACAGCCUUGUGGAUGGUGAGGGCAAGUUUGCCGUCAACCCCACCACAGGUGACAUCUACGUGCUGUCCCCUCUGGACCGGGAGAAGAAGGACCACUAUAUCCUGACUGCCUUGGCCAAAGACAACCCUGGGGACGUGGCCAGCAACCGUCGAGAAAAUUCGGUGCAGGUGGUGAUCCAGGUGCUAGACGUCAAUGACUGCCGGCCACAGUUCUCCAAGCUCCAGUUCAGCACGAGCGUGUACGAGAAUGAGCCAGCAGGCACCUCCGUCAUCACCAUGAUGGCCACCGACCAGGAUGAGGGCUCCAAUGCGGAGCUGGCCUACUCACUUGAGGGCCCCGGCGUGGAGGCCUUCCACGUGGACAUGGACUCGGGCCUGGUGACCACAAAGCGGCCACUGCAGUCCUACGAGAGGUUCAGCCUGACCGUAGUGGCCACAGACGGCGGGCAGCCCCCGCUCUGGGGCACCACCGUGCUCCUGGUGGAGGUCAUCGACGUCAAUGACAACCGCCCCACCUUUGUGCGCCCACCCAAUGGCACUGUCCUCCACAUCAGAGAGGAGAUCCCACUACGUUCCAACGUGUACGAGGUCUACGCCACGGACAAGGACGAGGGCCUCAACGGGGCCGUGCGCUACAGCUUCCUGAAGACGACAGGCAACCGGGACUGGGAAUACUUCACCAUCGACCCAAUCAGUGGCCUCAUCCAGACCGCGCAGCGCCUGGACCGGGAGAAGCAGGCGGUGUACAGCCUCAUCCUGGUGGCCAGUGACUUGGGCCAGCCGGUGCCCUAUGAGACCAUGCAGCCGCUGCAGGUGGCUCUGGAGGACAUCGACGACAAUGAACCCCUCUUCGUGAGGCCGCCAAAAGGCAGCCCCCAGUACCAGUUGCUGACGGUGCCCGAGCACUCACCACGUGGCACUCUUGUGGGCAACGUGACAGGCGCUGUGGAUGCAGACGAGGGCUCCAACGCCAUCGUGUACUACUUCAUCGCAGCCGGCAACGAAGAGAAGAACUUCCAGCUGCAGCCCGACGGGCGUCUGCUGGUGCUGAAGGACCUGGACAGGGAGCGCGAAGCCGUCUUCUCCUUCAUCGUCAAGGCCUCAAGCAAUCACAGCUGGACACCUCCCCGCAGGCCCUCCCAAGCCUUUGACCUGGUCACUGACCUCACCCUGCAGGAAGUGCGUGUCGUGCUGGAGGACAUCAACGAUCAGCCACCACGCUUCACCAAGGCUGAGUACACCGCAGGAGUGGCCACUGACGCCAAAGUGGGCUCGGAGCUGAUCCAGGUGCUGGCCCUGGACGCAGACAUUGGCAACAACAGCCUUGUCUUCUACAGCAUCCUGGCCAUCCACUACUUCCAGGCCCUGGCCAAUGACUCUGAGGACGUGGGCCAGGUCUUCACGAUGGGGAGUGUGGAUGGCAUCCUGCGCACCUUCGACCUCUUCAUGGCCUACAGCCCCGGUUACUUUGUGGUGGACAUCGUGGCCCGGGACUUGGCGGGCCACAAUGACACAGCUGUCAUCGGCAUCUACAUCCUGAGGGAUGACCAGCGGGUCAAGAUUGUCAUUAACGAGAUCCCCGACCGUGUGCGUGGCUUUGAGGAGGAGUUCAUCCGCCUGCUCUCCAACAUCACCGGUGCUAUCGUCAACACUGAUGACGUGCAGUUCCACGUGGACAAGAAGGGCCGGGUGAACUUUGCACAGACGGAGCUGCUCAUCCACGUGGUGAACCGCGACACCAACCGCAUCCUGGACGUGGACCGGGUGAUCCAGAUGAUUGAUGACAACAAGGAGCAACUAAGGAAUCUGUUCCGGAACUACAACGUCCUGGAUGUGCAGCCCGCCAUCUCUGUCCGCCUGCCCGAUGACAUGUCCGCCCUGCAGAUGGCGAUCAUUGUCCUGGCCAUUCUCCUCUUCCUGGCUGCCAUGCUCUUCAUCCUCAUGAACUGGUACUACAGGACCGUACACAAGAGGAAGCUCAAAGCCAUCGUGGCUGGCUCUGCAGGGAAUCGUGGCUUCAUUGACAUCAUGGACAUGCCCAACACCAACAAGUAUUCCUUCGAUGGGGCCAACCCUGUGUGGCUGGAUCCUUUCUGCCGGAACCUGGAGCUGGCUGCCCAGGCUGAGCACGAGGAUGACCUGCCGGAGAACCUGAGUGAGGUCGCUGACCUGUGGAACAGCCCCACCCGCACCCAUGGAACUUUCGGGCGUGAACCAGCAGCGGUCAAGCCUGACGAUGAGCGGUACCUGCGGGCUGCCAUCCAGGAGUAUGAUAACAUUGCCAAGCUGGGCCAGAUCAUUCGGGAGGGGCCCAUCAAGGGCUCGCUGCUGAAGGUGGUCCUGGAGGAUUACCUGCGGCUCAAAAAGCUCUUUGCACAGCGGAUGGUGCAAAAAGCCUCCUCCUGCCACUCCUCCAUCUCCGAGCUGAUCCAGACCGAGCUGGAAGAGGAGCCAGGGGAGCGCAGCCCUGGCCAGGGCAGCCUGCGUUUCUGCCACAAGCCGCCUACCGAGCUCAGAGGGCCAGAUGGGAUCCAUGUGAUGCACGGGAGCACAGGCACGCUGCUGGCCACUGACCUCAACAGCCUGCCCGAGGAUGACCAGAAGGGCCUGGGCCGCUCCCUGGAGACGCUGACGACAGCCGAGGCCAGUGCCUUCGAGCGCAACGCCCGCACAGAGUCCGCCAAAUCCACACCCCUGCACAAGCUUCGCGACGUGAUCAUGGAGAGCCCCCUGGAGAUCACGGAGCUCUGA